AUGUGUUUUAAAAAUGGCGGCGAUUUGUUUUCAGUGUUUUGUUUUUAUUACUGAGGAGAAACUGAACUAAUAAUUUAUUUUUAUCAAUGAACAUAUAAUUUUAAAAUAAUAAAUUUUAUAUGUCUAUACUAUGUAUUUAGUAUAAUGACAAAAGCGUGGUCUCAUUUUUUUUUUUUAUUAAAUAAAGAAUGUUUCUUGACGUCCUUUGCUGAUUGCAAUUUGAAGAGUUAGUUUUAAUAAUAAAUAAACAAAUGCUCUACUUUCCAUUUGAUAAUAAAUAAGUGAUAUUAUUUAAAGUCAUUACUUUUAUUAAGUAUGUCUGUUCUUUUUAAUUUUCAAUGAAAUGAAUUGAUACAAUAAAAUAAUGGAGAUGAAAGAAGAUAUUGCAUGCAAACUGCUAUGCAUGUCUUGUUUAUGUUUUGGUCGGACGUUAAAACCGGUUACAGAGGAGAAACUAAAGAAAUAUUAUGUGGAUAUACUGAACGAGAUACCUCUAUACGACACACAAAUAACAUGUCCAAAUUUGUGUAUAGACUGCAGAGCUUUACUCAAAAAGGCUGUGUCAUUUAAGGAGCAAGUACAAGACUCAUUUAGGGUACUACAAACAUAUACUAAUGAGAGCUUGAACGAGUGCUUACUGACAGAGGUGACACGGCAGCCCCGUCUUCGAGUCCACCACGUAGACCCCAUAAGCAUAUCUCCCAUCGAAGAUGAGUGUACCGAUAUCCAUGAUGUACAGUUAGUGUGUGUUAAGGAUGAAGUGAAGAAGGAAUGGAAUGAUAAAGAUUUAGAGGACACCGUUCACUCUGAAUGCCCCUUAUCAGAAACGGAGGAUAUAAAAGAUAUCGAUGCGGAAUUGGAAACUUUACUAAGAACGGUGAAGAAGGAUAAGAAGAGAAAGAGAAAAGAGGACAGCAAGGAGAGGAAAGCGAGGAAGAUCGUGAAGAGUUUACAAGUGAACAGUAAUAAGGAAUUAAACAAUUCAAAAGGGACAAACGAUCAGAAAAUCAUAACAAUAGAACUGACCUACGAGGAGAUGUUGUUAGAAAGGGAUAGCGAAUCGAAAAGGGAGAGUUACGUACGCUCGGAGUACAAGUGCGAAUCGUGUUUGGUCGGCUUUAAUUAUAGCAAGAGUUAUAAGAGACACGUGACCAGCAAACAUUCACCUGAACUAGGCGACUAUAGUUGUCCUAUAUGUAAAACUGUUAUAGCCUCAGUGGAGUCCUUCACGGCGCAUUACAAGAGACAUAUGAGAAGGUACGAAUGCAGCAUCUGCCAGAAACGGACCCAGGACAUGAAGGUGAUGCAGCAGCACUACUUUAGUACGCACGAUAUAUCGCUCAAGAGGUACAAGUGUGAUCUGUGCGGGAAAUUGUCCAAUUCCAUAGACACGCAUCGGUACCACAAAGACACACACAAGGCGCGCGUGCAGUGCUCAGAAUGCGAUAAAACUUUCACGCAUCGGGCUGGCCUCAUGAACCAUAGACUCGCAGUGCACGAGUUCCACAACGCGUUCCCGUGCACGGUGUGUGACAAGGUGUUCCGCUGGAAGACCAGCCUCAAGCGCCACCUGGAGAAACACGCCGCCGAGGGCAAGAGCACCACGGCGGCCGCCUUCUGUUCCACGUGUGGUGUGAGCUUCUCAUCCGUCUGCUCUUACCAGCGUCAUAUGAAGAACAGCCUCAAGCACGUCAGCCAUGAACAACUCAGGUUUAUAUGCGACCACUGCAACCGGCGGUUUGCGGACAAAACGAAGCUGCGCGACCACAUCGAGGAGAAACAUCUGCACAAAACGUACCAGUGUCACAUUUGCCUCAAGCCGUCCAAGAACCGCAUGGGACUCGAUCAGCACAUUAGGAACGUGCACCGUGGAAGGCCAAACAACAAGAUAUGCCAUCACUGUGGCAAAGGGUUCCCGACGAAGGUACAGUUGGAGUCGCACAUAAGGACCCAUACAGGCGAGAGGCCGUUCAUAUGCGAGUAUUGUCCCACCACAUUCUCGCAGCAGUCCAACUUGUACAAGCACAAUCGACAGGUACAUCUUAACAUAAAGUCUAAAAGGUAUUCAGUGUGCAAGAAGAAACAGGACGUGUCAGCCGAACCGCUGCCACCUCAGACCCAGCCGGACCCUUACAAGCCGGUGGCGGUGUUGCAUUACACUCUACCAGAUAGGGGCUUCCUUAUAUGAUCAUCAUCAUCGUAAUCAUCAUCUCAUCAUCGUUUUUAUAAUAUGUUGUCCACUGCUACCGCUCGUAUGAGUAUAGCGCCCUCUGAUGUCAAGAGUUAUUAAGUAAUUCGUACGCGAUUGAAAAAUAAUAACAAAAUUGAGUUACCCAUAUUAACUUAAUAGUUUAAGGUCGUUCCAAUAGGGAGGCUAUGGGGAGGGGAUUGCUAGUAUUCUAGAGAGAGAUGGGUUCUAGUGAUCCUAUUUUUUUUAUUGGAUGAAUAUGGAAUUGUAACCCCUGCGCUAUCGAUAUGCACUCGCGGGGAACUAGUGAGGUUUUUGGUAAUGAAUGGUAGUGGAAUGGUAACCCUGUCUGCGCUGUCGGUAUUCACUGUCGGAGAAUCAGUGAAGGAUGAUAGGUGAAGCAGAAGCAGGUCAACCCUCUGGAAACCAUCAUUCUGAAUUCUAGGUGUAUUCAUCACGGUUGUCUGUCCACUGCUGGACAUAAGCCUUCCCUAUAAGGGGAGUUUUGCCAAUAGUUGCCACGCUUGGCAUGUGAAUUGGCGACCGCAGUUAGGCUUUCGUGAUGUUAUAGAAGGGACGCUGCUGACCAUCUCUCGCCUUCCUUUAGUCAUCUCUUAUAACACCCAUGGUAAAGGAAGGGGUGGCCCAUUCUAUGCUGGGACCACAGGGCAAUACAUGGGAGAUGUUUAAGAAAAAAUAAUUUGAGAGGUCUGAAUAGAACCAGUAGGAGCUGAAACAUAAUUUUUAGAUAUUUUUGUCUGGCUCUCUGUACAUAUUUUUCCCAAGUGUGUCAAAAAAAUUACUGCACAAAAUUGGAUGCAGUUUUCAUGGUUUUAUUUCUAUAAGUCUGUCUUAAUAACUGAUGUUAAUUUUAUCUUGAUAUGUCAUCUAGUAUUGUCUAUUUCAUGGAAGGAUCCUAUUUUAAGACCAAUUAAGUCGCAAGCAAAAAGGAAGUUAAAAGUAAGGUAUUUUAAUAUAGUUGUAAGUUUACCAGAGGGAGACUUUGUACAAAAGUCGUUUGUCCCAUUCGUGUUUCUACCGUGAAGCAGUUGUGUUUGCAUGGCUGUGUUUCGGUUUGAAGGGUGAAAUGUGGCAGUGAAUUUACAGGGUACAGGGGAAUAACACCUGAGUCCUCAGGAAUGGUAACGCACGGGGGGUAUCAUGGACGAAACAGUAUACUCUGUUAUGUCUAUACUAUUGUUCAUGUCCAUAGGCGACGGUUACCACUUACCAUCAGGUGGGCCGUCAGCUUGUUUGCCUUUCUAAGUUGUAUAAAAAAAGUAUGUAAUAAAUAAAGCCAAUUGUAUUAUGUGCAAUAAAUAUUUAUUCAAAUGAAUAA